GUCUGUGACCCAUAUUUAUAUAAAAUAAUUUGUGGCCACUAUGUGAAAUUAUUCUAACCUAAUAAUUAAUAACCGACAGACAUCCGUUAGGGUCUUGCGCUGGGGUCGAUUGAGUUGAUUUAGUUGAGGAUGAUUAUCGGAUAAUAUUAACCACAGCGUAAUUUGGCGUAAAGAUCAGGUUAUUUUGGUGGUGUUGUCUUUUAAUUGUAACUGAUGUCAUUUCCUAGAUUUUUACGACCAAGGGCGCAAUCUUGGUUGUCAUUUAAUUUCAACUACGUUCAGAAACUUGUAUUAUGCAGCGUUGGUUUUUCACGGAAGAUCCCAACAACUCAGCUAUCCGACAAGGAAAGGGUGACGCAAGUAUCUCUACAGGAUCUGUGGGAUCCUUUCAACAUGCUCCACGUAGUUGGCUUUUUCGUGUAUCCCAUAAGGAUUUGAAAAAAGACGAAGUAGCUUGUGUUGUGGGGGAUUUACGAGAACUUGGUUGUUGGACACCAGAAAAUGUAAUUCCUCUCCAACAGGAGGAAGACCCAAAUGUCUGGUCGACUGUUAUUGAGAUUCCUGACAAAAGAACCAUUGAAUACAGGUAUUGCGUAUGUGUCAUCAUAGAAAGCGGCAUUCAAGUUGUUGUCCGAAGCUGGGAAGCUAAUUUAAAACCCAGACUAAUAGAAUACUCUCAAGUUUCUCCAACUUCUCAAGAUGAGCCUGAAGUGUAUGGACUUUACAACAACACUGACCGAAUUGAUAGGGGCUGGCUAUGUAAAGAGUCUGUGGUACAGCUGAAAUUAUGCAACAACCCUUUGACGCUGUGGCGUCCAAAGUAUGCAAAUAGAACAGUUUAUAUUAAAGUAACUCCUGUGAAUCUACGUCACAGUACAAAUUUGCCACUGUCAAUGUCGGAAGCUUUAGACGAAUCUUUGAGUGAUACUCAGGAAGGGGUGGAGGGAGUAAAAUUUGCUUUUACUGAAGUAGCCGCGUUGAAUGAAGAUGAUCCUACAUUUCACCCCCAAAGUCAAUUUGGUAUAAAAGUACAAAAUGAUGAUUUGCUGAUAUUCCAAAGUACAAUUUUAUUUCCUCAGAAUACAGCAUAUUUGUUUGACUUCUACAUAUACUCGUCUCGAUGCGACGAAGGCGAGCCCCCUUACCAUACAGGUUUUAGUUAUCUAUUGCCAACUGCUUUGCAGUCGUCAGAAGGGCAGAUCAUUUUGCCAGUGACCAGCACAAAACAUCGACCAUUAGGUGAACUACGUGUCGAUUAUUUGGUCAUUGGAGCCAUGCCCAACUUUAAAUGUGAUAUGAGUAUUAGUUAUGCAAAACAUUGGAAAAAAACUAGAUCCGGAUUAGACGUAGGACAUAGAGGCUCUGGGUCGAGUUUUAAAAAUAAAGUGCAGAAUUGCGCGGAAGUGCGAGAAAAUACCAUAGCUUCUCUCAACAAUGCCAUUAAUCACGGAGCGGAUUUUGUAGAAUUUGAUGUGCAGCUCAGCAAAGAUUUGGUGCCCAUCAUUUAUCAUGAUUUUUACGUUUGUAUUUCGAUGAAGAAGAAAAAAGAUUUAAUCGAUCAAGAUAUGUUAGAACUUCCUGUCAAGGAACUGACUUUAGAUCAGCUUAAAAUGCUAAAACUGUAUCAUUUAACUGAAGGCAAAUCGAAGAAUCAAAGGUUUUUUGAUGAAGAUUUGGAGGAUCAUCAGCCUUUUCCAACUCUGCAGCAAGUGCUGGAAACACUCAAUCCCCAUGUAGGUUUCAACAUUGAAAUCAAGUGGACAAUGAAGCUGCAUGAUGGUUCAUAUGAAUUGUACCAUCCUACAGAUUUGAAUUUGUAUUUGGAUACAAUUCUAGAAGUCGUGUUAAGGUAUGGUCGCGAUAGAAGAAUAAUCUUUUCCUGUUUCAACCCGGACAUCUGUCAAGUAAUCCGGCUUAAGCAGAACAAAUACCCUGUAGUGUUUUUGACAGUAGGCGAAAGCAAAAUCUAUCCCAAGUACAAUGAUCCAAGAUGCUGGUCCAUAAAAGCUGCGGUCCAGUUUGCCUCUAUGAUUGAAAUUUUAGGAAUUAACGUUCAUACUGAAGAUUUGCUUAGAGAUCCAUCCUUGCUGAAACUACCUUUGGCAGCAAAUUUAAUCACUUUCUGCUGGGGAGAUGAAAACGCAGAUCCGGCCACGAUAAAGUUUUUGAAACAGCUAGGAGUACACGGCGUUAUUUACGACAAACUUCACGAAUAUGCAAAUAAAGAAGUUAAAGAGAGCAUUUUCCUACUUGAAGCGAGAGAAUCGCAGAAAGAACUUAUACAGCUGGCAGCUGUUCAUUCUGAAGCUCAAGCUCCACCUCCACCGUUAGUCCCUAGCGAUUUUAGAGACGGCGGUGCGAAUAUAGAAGCAGUUAGAUUAACCCUUCCUGACAACAUUUCGACCGCUACCUCGCUGGAGAGCUUGGAAAGUAGUGCCUCGGAUUAUGAAAUUGUAGAUACUAAUAAAGUAAAGUGACCAGGAUAGUUUAUUACCUGCAAUGAUAAAUUUUAAACGAUAUUUUUACGCUGGGAUAUUAUUCAAUGUGGUACUAAACUACUAAAAUAGUUUAAGGCAGUUCUGAGAGUAUAUUUUAUGUAAUUUAAUGUGUAAUAUCAAAGUUUCAAAUUUGUGUUUUAGCAUCAGUUAUCAUAUUCUUUUUAGUAUAAUGGCAACUUCACUAAUGUUUUAGAUUUAUUUCCGUGAACUAUUAAAAAAUUUAAAACUGAACGCCUGCAUAAAAUUAUUUAUGCUUCAAAAAUAAAGUUCAAUAUUUUAUUUAAUUUUCUUUUUAUACUGCUAUUUUACUAUAUUCAGGUAGGUAGCAGAAAUAAGGUCCCAUCUAUACCAGAAUAAGUAUAAGGAAGAGCUAUCAAUACGAUGGGAAAAUAAACAGAAUAAACUGAUUAAUCUUCAUUUUUCAUUUCAUUUAUUAGCAUGUUACAAACGUAAAAAAGGUAUAUCCUCAAUCAUGGCAAUGAAAUAUAGCAUGUAAUAACAAUUUUACAACAUAAAACAUAAAGCGCCUUUUGGGCACCUGGACAUAUUAUUAUAUUAAAGCUGAUCGAAGAUUAUCACAGGAAGUUAUCAUCGAAAGCGGGGAGUCAAAGAGGUGCAAUCAUCUGAUUAGAUAUAGUUAUUGAUAUCUUGAAAAAAGAUAAAUUCUGCCAAGCUGUAAAAUAUUAAAAAAUCUUUGAACCGGUUUAUUGCGAGUUGUUUUGUCUCGGGCUUAAGUUUAUUUAAAAAAUGGAUGCAGUAGUAAUUUAAACCUAGCCUACUCGCAUUAAGACGAAGAAAUCAAGUCUGAGGUCCCUAUUCCGUAUUUUGUAGGGGUGAACUUUAUUCACGUGUAAAAAAUCGGUUUGGUUCUCGUAAGCGUAAAUUAGACAUUUAAGUACAUAAGCGCUUGGCAUUGUAAGAAUUUUAAGCUCCGAAAAUUUAGAACUAACAUCCUCUCUGUAUUUGAGAAUAGUCUUGCUGCACCGAGAGCCUGUACCGAGUUUAUCACACCAUAAAGCAAGUGAGAGCCAAUUAGCUUUAGGCUACAUAUUAGAAAAAUGUUUUUUGAUUUUCUUUUAGCCACUUGGUCUGUGUGGUGACAGCAAUUUAGUUCAGGGUCUGAAUUUCCAACAAUUUUUCACUUUGUCCAUUAUUUACUUCGUUGAUGUGCCUUUGCGUUAUUUUUUGUAAACCAGUUCUUAGCUCUUAGUAGUGUCGUCCGCAAACAACGCCAGCUAAUCAUUCAAAAGGGCUUCAGGAAGGUCGUUGAUAUAUAUAUGAGAAUGUGGGUAGGUCCCAUUAUUGAGCACUGCACAACUCCAUUUCUCACUGCUAAUGUUCUCGAGAUUUUCUUGUUAUAAACGUAUUGUUUGAUCUCAGAAAUUAACCAACUAGGGUUCGGCUCAACAUGUCAAAAUUGUAAUAUUUUAAUUUUUUCAAUAGAGUCGAGUAGUCCACACAGCCCAACCCUACUUCGCAGAAUGUUGCACUCGUAAAGUUGACGUCUUGUCUUUUGAAUAUAGCUCAAAAGAGCUUGGUUAAACCGUAUUGCUGACCAUAGUAAAGAUUAAAAUUCUCAAAAUGUUUUUUGAUUUUUUAAUACUGAUUCAAAGAUUUUUGAUGUAUAAGGUACCAUAGAAACGGGUCUAAAGUUAAUUUUUCAAAGAAACUGUUUCAGUUCAGUUUCAUGCUCUGAAGAAGCCAACAGGAUGAUUGGCGAAACGUCAGCAAUUUCGACUAAGCAAAAACCGACGCUGGAGGAAUCCAGAAGUUUUGUAAAAAUGAUCUAAAGUUGUUUGCAAUAACUUCUCCAUCUUUAUGUAUGAGAAUUAUUUUUUAUGUUA